AUGGGUAGGUCAAUAUCAAGGGCAUUUGUAGGAAUUAAGAACAAAGUUCGGCUCAAGUUGCAAGGAUGGAAAGGGAAUAUGUUCUCUCAAGGGGGAAGGGAAAUCCUCCUCAAAGCAGUAGCUCUGGCAAUUCCAUCUUAUGCCAUGAGUUACUUCAAGAUUCCAACAAAGCUUUGCUCUGAAAUAACUAAGGAGAGCUUAUUCCACAAGGCGUAUGCUGUUAGAUACUUUUCUGAUGGGAACCUUUUGAUAGCUUCUCUUGGAGGUAAUCCCUCCUAUGCUUGGAGAGGCAUCUGGGAGGCAAAGAACCUGCUAGUGCAAGGUGGAAGAUGGAAUGUGGGAGAUGGAAGCUUAAUUCAUAUUUUAAAUGAUGCUUGGAUACCUGGAUUUCAAAACUUGAGACAAGAACUGGGAGAUGAGCAGAGUAUGGAGCAACUUUGCCAAUUGGACAAUCAAGUUUUAUCUCUUAUUGAUCCCGGUACUAAAUGGUGGGACCUUGCAAAAGUCAAAGCUUUAUUCAAUCCAAAUGUUGUGGAUGUUGUUAUCAGAUUGCAUCCUAAUCAUACUGGAGCAAUAGAUUAG